AUGGGACAAUUGGCCAAGAAAGAUCUGAUGGAACAUCAUGAUGAUGUUCAUAAGAUGCGUUCUCCAGACAUGAGACAACUGACCAGAAAAGAUCUGAUGGAACAUCAUGAUGAUGUUCAUAAGAUGUGUCCUUUAGACAUGAAACAACUGACCAGAAAAGAUCUGAUGGAACAUCAUGAUGAUGUUCAUAAGAUGUGUCCUUUAGACAUGAGACAACUGGCCAAGAAAGAUCUGAUGGAACAUCAUGAUGAUGUUCAUAAGAUGUGUCCUCCAGACAUGGGACAAUUGGCCAAGAAAGAUCUGAUGGAACAUCAUGAUGAUGUUCAUAAGAUGUGUCCUGCAGACAUGAGACAACUGACCAGAAAAGAUCUGAUGGAACAUCAUGAUGAUGUUCAUAAGAUGUGUCCUUUAGACAUGAGACAACUGGCCAAGAAAGAUCUGAUGGAACAUCAUGAUGAUGUUCAUAAGAUGUAUCCUCCAGACAUGGGACAAUUGGCCAAGAAAGAUCUGAUGGAACAUCAUGAUGAUGUGGCUGGAAUGCUUCAGCCCGACUGUGUCCCCAUCACAGAGUGGAAACAGAAUGAGACCGAGUGCUUACAAGAGAUUCAGCUGCACGUGAACGAAACCGCAGGUUGUAAAAGAUUAUGGGACCAGCUUCUGUGUUGGCCCGAUGCAGAUCCCGGAGACACACUUUCCUUCACCUGUCCAGGUAUCAUCUUCCACUUCACAAAGAAAUCAGGUGUGGUGAAACGAAGUUGCACAGAUCAAGGCUGGUCUGAUCCGAUUCCACCUUAUUCAGUAGCAUGUUCAAUGGAAGAUGAUGUCUCUCUGGAUGAACUUUCCUUCUUUUCAACCAUCCAGACCAUCUACACCGUGGGUUACAGCAUCUCAACUAUCUCGCUUGCCGUCGCAAUCCUGAUUCUUCUUGCAUUCAGGAGACUCCGUUGCCCCAGGAACUACAUCCAUGUCCACCUUUUCAUCACCUUCAUCUUGAAGGCCAUUUCCAUCUUCAUCAAGGAUGUGGUUCUCCUCGAGAGUGAAGGCAGCGAUUACUGCACCUACUCCACGGCUGGAUGCAAGAUCUCCAUGGUGCUCCUUCACUACUUCACCAUGGCCAACUUCAUGUGGCUGUUAGCAGAAGCUCUGUACCUCAACUGGCUGCUUCUUUCCUCCUUUCCCCAUGGAAGGAAAUACUACUGGUGGCUUGUCCUCUUUGGAUGGGGUGUCCCGACAUUCUUCACCACGUUGUGGGCAGUACUCAAACUGCAUUUUGAAAAUGAUCUGUGCUGGGACACGAAUCAAGGUUCCCCUUACUGGUGGGUCAUCCAGGGCCCCAUCAUGCUCUCUGUUGGGAUCAAUUUCAUUCUUUUCAUCAAUAUUCUCCAAAUCCUGCUGAAAAAACUGAAUCCCAGAAAAAUCAAUUUGAACAGCUCAUUUCAGUACAGACGCCUCUCUAAGUCAACCCUGCUCCUCAUACCCUUGUUUGGGACUCAUUACAUCAUCUUCAACUUCCUGCCCGAAAACACCCAGGUGGGAGCCCGUCUCUUCUUGGAGCUGUGCAUUGGAUCAUUCCAGGGUUUCAUCGUUGCUGUUUUAUACUGUUUUCUGAAUCAAGAGGUACAAACAGAAAUUUGCCGGAAAUGGCAAGGCAACAAUUAUGAAUUUAUGAUGCCUUCUUGGAAGAAGAAGCCAAAAUGGGUGAUGCCCUCAAGUUCAGGAAUCAAAGUAGCCACCUCAAUGCUUAAGAAUUAA